AUGUGCACAAAAUUUGCGCGACAGCGAGCUAAUAUGAUCACCCCGCCUUGUAGUAAACACAUCCUGAAUGCCCAAGUGGCCAUCCGCUCGCACUGCUGCCGGAAAUGGUUUGAUUGUGCCCAAUGCCACCAAGAGAGCGAAUCGCACAUGCUCCAGAAGAGCGCAGAGAUGAUUUUCGCAUGCAAGAAGUGCAAGAAAUGUUUCCGAAAGGAUGCCGCAGAGUUCGAAGACAGUGACGAGUAUUGCCCGCACUGUGAUAACCACUUUGUUAUUGAUGCAGUGGAGCCAGAAGCGAGAUUGCACGUGGAAGGUGAUGAUGCACGCAUGGACAACCGCAUGCUCAAGGACGACCGUGUCGCCCGCGACGAAGAACGAUCACUUUUCAACAUCCGCGACAUGUCAGACCGUGUCGGCUAA